UACAAGAACAACCUGCCCGCCUACAAGCCCGAUGACCUGUACUUCAACGGAGUCACCGUCCAGGACGUCGCCGUCGACAAGCUCGUCACCUACUUCGACCUCUUCGACAUCGAUGUCAGCAACGCUGUCGACGUCGCCUCCAUCGACGAGCUGGAGAAGCUUAACUACAUCGCCAAGGCCAUGCGUCUCAACCACCAGCCCUUCAACUACAAGAUCAAGGUCUCCAGCAACCAGAAGACCAGCGCCGUCGUCCGCGUCUUCCUUGGACCCAGCACCGCCUUCACCCACUCCAACUUCUACGGCGAGCAGGCCUCUGACGUCUACUACGGACACGACACCGCUGACCUCGACAGGCUCAGGAACUACUUCGUCGAGCUCGACCGUUUCCCCGUUGAACUGAAGAACGGCGACAACCUGAUCAAGCGCAACUCCCGCGAGUUCACCACCACCGUCGGCGACAACGUCUCCUUCAAGUCCCUGCUCAAGAGCGCCGAGAGCGGCAACACCGUCCUCUCCAGCGUCGACCGCCAGUGCGGUUUCCCCGACCGUCUUGUCCUGCCCAUGGGCCACAAGGCCGGAGUCCCCUACGCCCUCUUCGUCAUGGUCACCCCCUACGGCGCCGACGAGCACGAGCACGCUGACUACUACCACUCCGAGAAGGUCAACUACCAGACCGGCGUCAAGGACAUCUACUCCUGCAACGGACUCAUGACCGUCCUCGACAACCGUCCCCUCGGCUUCCCCUUCGACCGCCAGAUCGAGAACUUCGGCCGCUUCUACAUGCCCAACAUGUACUUCAAGGAUGUCGUCAUCUUCCACAAGGACUCCGCCACCGACAACAACAACGUCCUCAUCAAGAAGAACGUCAACGAUUUCGAUAACGUCCUCUCCCAGCAGACCGCCCACAAGUACACCCCUAGCCACAGGCUCUUGGACGAGGACAUCGUCCGCGAGGACGACGACGUCCGCGCAUACCUGUAAGCUGUCGCGCUGGACUCAGGACGAACGCGUCAUGCUCUGUGAGCCCUCUACACCGCAAAUAAAAUCUUGCCUUCUGCUCACCAAAACGCUGCAAA